AUGGAUGCAGAGUUGGAGGAGUUAGAGAGUGUGUACUCAAAUCAUUUUGGAAGAACGCCAGUUUCCACACCAUUUGCAUCACAAGAGUUAGACGAGUCGUGUGAAGUUGAUUAUGAAGUCGACAACGAUGAUAUUGACACAAUUGGCGGGAUAUUGGAAGGACGUGUGAGGGAUUAUAAUUUGCAGCAAGAAAUCGUAGAUGAAGAUACAGACAGCGAUGGCAAUGGAGAGGCUGAAUUAGAUGAAAGCGAUAUUGAAGUGGCUGAAAAUUGUGAGCUUACAGAUAUAAAGAAAGUGUGUAAAGAUGGAUGUGGGUGUCAAAGGAAAUAUUCACAACAGCUUAAUGUAGGAAAUGUGUAUGAACACAUACUUAACUUAAGAGAAAUGGACACAAAUGAAAAAGACAUGUAUAUUAUGGCCAUCUUACAAGACGGCCGCGCCACGGCAACAACUAAGAAAGGAAAAAAGAGGCAACGGAUGCGUUAUACAUUUAAAUUUAAUGGGUCCAUUGUUUGCAGGAGAACAUUUCACCUCUGCUAUGACAUAGGAAGAAGUGCCUUACAAGGUCUAAUGGCGCACAUGGCAACAAAUGGGAUCGUUCCAAGGACCCAUGGAAAUACUGGAAGACGGCCCAAGCACGCCCUAACGUUUGACGAUGUGCAGCGCGUGGUAAAGUUUCUCCUGAACUAUGCAGAACGUGAGGGGUUACCAAUGCCUGCAGCUACAAGAGGGCGAGACAAUAUUCCACCAACUUAUCUCCCUGCAAGCGAAACGAAACUGAAGACAUUCAAGGAAUAUGAGAAACAGGCUGUAGAUUCGGUGGUUCCCAUUCGAUGUGUGAAUCUGACCGCCUUCAAGACAAUUUGGUCGACAUGUGUACCCCAUAUCAAAAUCGCAUCUCCGCGUGACGACGUCUGUGCUACAUGCGAAAAAAUCAGGAAACGCGUGAUGGACGCUGUCGAGGAAGACGACAAAAAAGAAGCGGCGGAUGCAUACAGCGCUCAUAUAACGAAGGCACAACAGGAACGGGAGUUGUACAAUGACUGUAUUUGUCGCAGUACGGAGACGCGUCACACCGCUGAAUGUGAGCGGUACCACCAUUUCACGUUUGACUUUUCCCAAAGUGUUAGCCUGCCGCAUUACUACAGACCAAUGGGGCCCUUAUUCUUCUUGUCCCUUCGGAAGAUCAGUAUAUUUGGAUUCCGAAUAGAUGGCGACCCACACCAGCUGAAUUUCAUCAUCGACGAGAACGAGACCAUGGGGAAAGACGGUUCGAAAUCACACGGACCAGAUGCCGUCAUUUCAAUGAUAGACUGGGCCCUUCAAAACUACGGCGGCCAAUCAACGUCUUGCUCCAUCCACGCCGAUAAUUGUCCAGGUCAGAAUAAGAAUAAGUAUCUCGUGGGCUACUUCAUGUGGAGAGUCAUGACCGAACAGCACAGUACCAUUGAGUAUCUUAUGCAAAUACCAGGACAUGCAAAAUGCCUCGUGGAUAGUGGGUUUGGAAAUGUGAAGCGAUUGUACAGGAGAACGGACUGUAAAAGCCUGGAUCAGCUGGAGGACGUUGUGAAUAAAUCCUCAUAUUCUAACACAGCGGUUCGUUAUCCAGCAUGGUCUUGGAGAAACUGGAAAGGCUUCCUGGGCGAUCAUUUCAAAGCACUCAAUGGAAUAAGGAAGUACCAGUACUUUCGAUUUUCGUCCACUGAGCCUGGUGUCGUUGUAGUAAGAACGUCGCGAGAUGCAGAGGAGGACACGCUGAACGUUCUAAAGGAUCCUGCCUUCCGGUUCGAGACCCAAGCCCGACCGGAUGUUGUUCAAGCUGCAGGAUUUAGCCAUCCCCGACAAGAAUCAUUAUAUAAAUGCGUCCGACCAUACGUUCGGCCUCCGUACCAGGACAUUUUAUGCCCCAUACCAAACACUUUAUAG